AUGUCUCAGCCGGGAAGUCCCACAGGAGUGGGGGCUACCCAAGGAGAGGAAAUGUUACUGAGGCUGCUUCAAGGGCAGCAAGAGCAGCUUCAGAGGCUGCAAGAGAUGAUGGGAGCCCAGGUUCAUGGGCAACAGCAGCUUGCAGCUGCAACGCAGAGCUUUGCUUCGGCUAGCUCGGCCACAAAGGGACGUGGCUUGAUUGAUGUGAAAGCUGUGGGGCGACCGAGCCAGCUGGGCGGUACAUUGGAAGAAGCGUCGCGAAAUUGGCGCCAAUGGUCGUAUCGUCUUGAGCUUUGGCUAGCCUCGCAAUUUCCGGAUGCUAGGAAGAUCCUUGCUUGGGUCAAGGAAAAGGGUGAUACCGAGAUUCCUUUGGCAAGCCUGGAGUCGACUUCGAUUACGGGCGUUGCCAAGGAAGCGGUGCUGGAAUUUAAUCGCCAGCUUGAGGUGGUGCUUGGGACGCUUACCAGCGAUGCGCCUGGGGACAUCACGAUGAAUAGUUCGACUGGGUCAGGUUUGGACAUGUUCCGGAGGCUGCACGCCCGCCUGGAUCCAUCGGAUAUGGUCACCAGCAUGAGGUGGCUAAGGUCACUUAUGAGCACUUCGGCGGUGGACUCCGUCACCGACCUGGUGCCAGCCAUUGAAAAAUGGGAGGAUGCUCACCGGCGGUACAGCCAGCGAAAGGACUGCGCACCUUUGACGGAGCAGCAGAAGAUGGUUUCUUUGAUCGGCCUCGCGCCGUCUGAGCUUCAGGGCCACCUGGAGCUAAACCUGGGAAGGCUCAGCAGCUAUGAGUUGCUGAGGAGAGAAAUGGUGUCCUUUGCGGAUACCAAGCGGGCCUUUACGGCCACGGACGGUGCUGUGCCAAUGGAGGUGGAUGCUUUGAAGGGUGCCAAAGGACCGAAGGGAAAAGGAAAGAAAGGAGACAAAGGAAAGGACAAGGCUCAAGCGGGCAAGGGUAACAAGAACCGGCCAAAGGGCCGAGCCAACGAGCUUGACGGCACGGAGGGCGGCGCCAUGGAUGGGGCCGGCGAUGCCGAAUAUGAAGCCGAAGAGCCUGAUGAGGAAGCCGAGUUGGGCUUUAUAGGGGCUCUGGAUGGCGAGGGCGAAGCUGACCCUGAUGGGGACCCUGCCGAUGGCAGGGAAGAUGGAAGCGGAGGUGAUGGAGCGCUUCGUUCCUCACCUGGUGGCGACACCUCUGGGGCCGGGUCCACGGAUCCCCCGGCACCCAAGGCUAAAGCCAAGGCGGGAUCAGCCAGUUCCACCCCAGUGGGCCUAAGGAUGGCCGAUAUGAGUGUGCUGAACAAGCUUCAGGAAAGGCGAAGGGAGCUUGAAGCUCAGAUCGCCGAGGUGGAAGCAAAGGGCAGUGAAGGUGACCAAGGGGAGCUCACCAUGCACCGGCUGAUGCUGGAUAUGGUUAAGGGUCAGAUCAAGAGGGCCCAGGAGCUCAAAAGGAACCGAGAAGAAAGGAUCUCGGCUAGGCUUCAGGCCGACCUGAAUGCGGGUCACAACCCGCGGCUGGCAAAGCGGAAAGAAAAGAGCCGCCAGAGAGCGGCCAAGCACCGGCAAAGCCUCAGGCUAGGGCAAGCCAAGGCACGAGUUAGAAGGGAGGAAGCCCUGGAGAAGAGGUUCAACAUACCCGAGAGGGCACGCAAGCAGGAUGAAUAUCCGUUGCUGCCCAGUGCUGGGUCCAAGGUAGCUGCACCACCCUCUCGCCGGGAAAAGGCUAUGAUGAGGGGCGAAGGCGAGGACCGCGAGCACUCUGGGGAUGAGCUCGACGAGCCCAAGGAAAGGGACUGGAGUGCCAAGCCUCGGCGGCUGACGCCAGAGGGCCGCGAAGGCAAGAGGCUGCGAGAGCAGAAAAGGAAGAAAAGAAGGGCUCAGGAGAUGAAGGAAGAAGCGGGUGGUGGACCGCCUCGGUCCCCACCGGCGGGGGUUCGCGGAACCGACCGGCCCAGUGAGCCGAAGGGGCCACCGCCUAAGCUGAGGCCGACCCCUAAGGUUCGGGCGACGCCCAAAGAGCCGAGUACUCCGCCACCGGGCCAUGAGUCGAGAAGGAAGAAGAAGGAAGAGGAAGAAGAGGACCUGGUGGAGAUGGUCUUCACCUUCAUCGACGGCUCGGGGGUUGUGGUGCGAAGAAAGGGCAUCUCCGAGCUCACCCUCAGCCAGAAAAGAAAGGUGGAGGAGGCAAUCGCCUCUGCACCUUGGAGGGCCGAGCCCAAGUCCCGAGGCAGGCCCCAGCUGAACAAGUACAGCCAGAUGUUCUCGAGGUUUGUGAACUACCUCACCAGCCCUGCCAGAGAAGCAGAUCCGCCGCAGGGGGGCACGGUGGGCGAAACAAUCGCCAACCGGGACCUGGAUGAUGACAGCGACUGCCACUCGUGCCACAGCAGGCGUGCGAAGACGACCGAGCCUGCAGACCGCUUUUACAAGAAGCGGCGGGCAGCAAGGGCCAAGCAAAAGGCCAAAGAGCUCCUGAGCGAAGACGAGGAAGAAGACCAAAGGGGUUACGAUGACCCCGACACAGACUCAGACCCCGGCCACCGACCUUUGGACCGUGGGCCAAGGAGCCCACCAGGCGGUGGGGAAGGAGCCAAGGAGGCCGUGGUGUACUCCUUUGAGCCAGGGUUUGGUGGGGCCGCUUCGGCUACCACCAUCCAAGUGAUCCUGGAUAGUGGGGCGAGCCACAAUGUGAUCCCACAGGAGUGGGUGAAGCACCUGGAAUGGGGACCCGCCGAAGGACCGGCAGGCUUCCGCACCGCAGACGGAAGCUGGCUGCCAAACCUCGGUACGGCCGUGGUGUCUUUGAGGUCGACCGAAGGGUUUUCCUUUAAGGUCCGGUUUUGCGUGGCCUCGGUGCAGCGUGCGCUUCUCAGCGCGACCCAAGUGCUGAAGCUUGGGCACACGAUCGUCCUGAAAGGAUCGAGAGCAGUGAUCCGUGUGAAAGGAAGCGAGGAGAAAACUUUGGUGUUCAAGAUCCUUGGGUCGCCUAAGGCGACGUUUGCUUUCAAGGGUUUCCCGCGGCACUGCCCGGAGGAGUGCAGGUCUAACUCGGGCAAGAAUCGAUCUGGAUCCCUUUAUGUGGGUGAAGCCGGCGGUGCUGAUCCACCAAGGGAGGAAGCUGCUUCAGCGUCCUCCCAGCCACAGGUCGAUGAGGGUCAGUCUGCUCAGCCGUUGGCCCGGCCAGACCGACCAACGCCCGAGAUGAUAGCAGCUCAUGAGGUCUCCCACGUUCCAUACAGGAGUUGGUGCAGAGCCUGCGUUGCAGGUCGUGGUCGAGCUUACCAGCACAAAGCCUCGGGUCAGGAGUCCACGGUGCCUGUCAUCAGCAUGGACUACCUCUACUUCAAUGAGAGGACCGAUGGCGCUGGACUGCCCACCAUAGUCCUUCGCGAUCGCCACUCGAAGGCUAUCUUCUCGCACCUCCUCCCGUGCAAGGGGACGACUGGGUCUACGCACCCUGCGCGGGCUAUCUUGAAGGACCUUGAGUUCCUAGGGUACAAGAAACUGGUUCUGAAGAACGACCAGGAAGCUUCUAUCAAAGCUCUAUCUCUAGCUGUCCGCAAUGGCUUCAGUGGGGAGAUUGUUCCGGAAGAGUCACCAAAAGGGGACCACCACGGACAGAGCAAUGGGGAAGCUGAAAGGUCCGUUCAGACAGUGCAGGGUUUAGUGCGGACCCUGAAGGCCAGUUUGACUGAGAAGGGCAUUACCCUUGAACCCACCUCAGCCGUGUUUGCCUGGAUGAUUGAAUAUGCCGGUGUGCUGCACACCCUGUUCAGUCAAGAGCUCCAUGAAGGGUUGACGCCUUUUCAGCGAAUAAAAGGGCGCAAGUGGCAAGUGGCUUUGCCAUGCUUCGGUGAAGCUGUGGACUACCGCCGCAAUACGCGCUCAAAGCUGGAUUCGCGAUGGCAAUCUGGAGUUUAUCUGGGCCUACGUCUGCAAAGCACGGAGAAGAUCGUGGGGACCCACCAAGGGAUCUUUGUGGUCCAGAGCAUCAAGCGGAAACCCGAGGGCCAACAAUGGGAUUCCGACUUGGUCAAGGCAGUUCGUGGAUUGCCCUGGAAGACCUCACCGGACGAGACUGGAGAUGGUGCUCGACUACCCGAGCCACUGACCGUUCGAGCUCAAGUUGAGGAGGGACUGCCUCCACCUGCUCGCGAACUGGUUAAGCCCGAGGUAGCACCCUUCAGACGUACCUACAUCCGCCAGUCUGACCUAGACAAGUUUGGGUAUACGGCUGGUUGCGAGGCAUGCUCAGCAAUCCGUGAGGGUCGAAGGAGAACGGGCAUCAACCACACCGAGCACUGCCGCUCAAGGAUCAUGGAAGCCCUAAAGGAGUCAGAAAGCGGAAAGGCCCGACUGGAACGCGAAGAGCAGCGUGAGAGUGAAUUCUUCGAUAAGGUGAACAAGGCAGAAGAGAAGAAGAGGAAGGUGAGUACUGAGCAGGAGGCGUCCUCUUCCACAGACCCUCCAGCGGCCCAACCUUCCAGACCUCUGACCAUUGCUCGCCAACCGCCUUUGAGGCCAGAGGUUCCGAGCGAACCUAGCUCUCUGCCACCUGGUGGUGCGGCUGCUUCAGCUGCGCCCAGUGGGGGCCAGAAGAGAAAGAGUGAAGGCGGGGGGGACGAAGGUCGUGCCGAGCUGGCACCUCCUGACGCAAGGUCCGAAGGUCAGAAGCGAAAAUCACCUGAGAAUGCCGAAGGCAUGAUCGAAGAGCUCAUUCUUCAAGAGCGCGAAGGUUUCAUUGCCAGUAUCGAAAACGAGGAACAACCCACGUGCGACUUAGAGGACGACUUGUGGGAGGAAAAGUUCUACGACGAGAAUACUGGUAAAGAGCUUCCCGCCGAAGGUGUCAAGCAAGCUCGCAUGGAGGAGAUCCAAGUUAUCAAAGACAUGCAGGUUUGGGAGCCGAUUCCAAGACCCCCUGGCGAACGGGUCAUCGGCACCAGAUGGAUUGACAUCAAUAAGGGGGAUGAUCUUCGAAAGAAACUGCGCUCAAGGCUGGUAGCACAAGAACUGAAGAGGAAGAAAGGAGUCAACGAAGAUCCGAGCUGGACCGAGUUCUUUGCGGCGAUGCCGCCAUUGUCCUCAUUGAGGGCUCUAUUCACGUUGGCUACAACUGGGCGCGUACCCGGCCCAAACAAGAAAGCCUUCCACAUGAACGAGCAUGGUGAAGUAUGUGUGCUGUUCAUUGAUGUGAAGAAAGCUCACUUCUGGAGUCCAGUCAGGAGGCGACUCCUCGUGGAACUACCACCAGAAGCUGGGGAAGGACCUGACAAGGUCGGCCUUCUCAAAAGGAGUCUCUACGGAACCCGUGAUGCACCGAGCAACUGGGAACAUGCCAUCAAGAAAGUAAUGACCGACUUGGGUUUUAAGCAAGGGGUGUCCAACCCAUGUCUUUACUUUCACCCCGAGCAUAGCUUACGUUGCAAUGUGCAUGGAGACGACUUCACAGUCGUCGGGGGCUACAACAAGCUUCAAUGGUUGAUUGAGUCACUUCAGAAAGCGUGGACAAUUGAGGUGAGAGGAAUCUUGGCACGGCCCGGCUCGAGCCUGCCAGGAGUUACUCAUAGCAUCUCUGUGCUGAACAGAUUGGUCACGUGGACCAACGAAGGGAUUGAGAUGGAAGCCGAUCCUCGGCACGUGGACCUGGUGUUGGAACACCUGGGUUUGAAUAACUCCAGCCCUGUUACCACACCACUUGUUAAGAGCACAGGGGAUGAGGAUGAAAGUCCACUCUCCAAGGAAGAUGCUGGACUCUACCGGUCCAUAGCAAUGAGGAUUGGGUAUCUGUCAAGCGACAGACCCGAUAUGCUUCGGACUGUGAGGGAACUUGCUAAAGGCCUUAAGGAGCCCACUCAAUAUCACUGGAACCUGCUCAAGCGCGCAGGGAGAUACUUGAGAGGAGCGCCUCGCCUCGUGCAGCUUAUCCCUCACCAAGAAGGGUUCAGUGUCAUUCAAGGAUGGAGUGAUACAGAUCAUGCAGGAUGCGUUCGCACGAGAAAAUCCACAACCGGGACAGUCGUGCAACUAGGGAAGGCAGUCAUCAAAGCCACUGCGAAAGGGCAGGCAGUCAUAGCACUAUCCAGUGGGGAAGCUGAAUACUACGGCCUGAUAUCCACCACCAGCGCAUGCUUGGGUGAACAAGCAAUGUUGGCUGAUUGGGGCAUCAACUGCCCUGUGGUCAUCAACAUGGACGCCACCACGGGCAUAUCCAUUGGAAGCCGGAGAGGUCUUGGACGUGUGAAGCACAUCCACACCUGCUUCCUGUGGGUUCAAGAGGUGAUCGACUCUGGCCGAGUUAAGCUGAAGAAGGUCCCUACGGGAGAAAUGCUGGCUGACCUGAUGACAAAGCCUCUGGAUGCGAAACUCAUCCAGAAGUUCCUGCAAGGAAUGGGCUACAACAGCAGAGCGGGACGACAUCCUUUGGCCCUGAAGACGUGA